AUGGAGCCCAUCAAGGUCCAAUCAGAAGGUGGACUGAAUGUGACCCUCACCAUCAGGCUGCUGAUGCACGGCAAGGAGGUUGGAAGUAUCAUAGGAAAGAAAGGAGAAACGGUGAAGAAAAUGCGUGAAGACAGUGGUGCCCGUAUCAACAUCUCAGAGGGGAACUGUCCUGAACGAAUAGUCACCAUCACUGGGCCAACAGAUGCUAUUUUCAAGGCCUUUGCCAUGAUAGCCUACAAGUUUGAAGAGGAUAUAAUCAAUUCCAUGAGCAACAGUCCAGCAACCAGUAAACCCCCUGUAACCCUGAGGCUUGUUGUCCCAGCCAGCCAGUGUGGAUCCCUGAUCGGCAAAGGAGGCUCCAAAAUCAAAGAAAUGAGAGAGUCCACAGGAGCACAGGUCCAGGUCGCAGGCGACAUGCUCCCCAACUCCACUGAGAGAGCGGUGACGAUCUCAGGGGCCCCAGAAGCCAUCAUCCAGUGUGUCAAACAGAUAUGUGUGGUGAUGCUUGAGUCCCCACCGAAAGGUGCCACCAUCCCCUACCGCCCAAAGCCUGCCUCCACCCCUGUCAUUUUUUCAGGUGGCCAGGUAAGAGCAGACCCACUGGGGGCGUCCACAGCCAACCUCAGCCUCUUACUGCAGCACCAGCCACUGCCUGCUUAUACCAUUCAAGGACAGUAUGCCAUCCCUCAUCCAGAUCAGUUGAGCAAGCUCCACCAGUUGGCUAUGCAGCAAACCCCCUUUACCCCCCUCGGACAGACCACCCCUGCCUUCCCCGCAGCAGGUCUGGAUGCCAGUAACCAGGCCAGUACUCAUGAACUCACCAUUCCCAAUGAUCUAAUAGGCUGCAUAAUCGGACGCCAGGGAACCAAAAUCAACGAGAUCCGUCAGAUGUCUGGGGCGCAGAUCAAAAUUGCUAACGCCAUGGAAGGGUCAUCGGAGCGCCAGAUCACCAUCACAGGGACCCCCGCCAACAUCAGCCUGGCCCAGUACCUCAUCAAUGCAAGGUUCAGAGACGUGGCGGCCAUGUGGAAUGACCCAUCUUCCAUGACCACAUCCUGAGAUCCCUGACUGGCUCCUCCGUUUGGCCCUUUCCAAUGACUGACUACCGCAGACAACCCUGAUGAAGCCCUUCGGACUCUGGCUCUGGCUCUCCGAAAAACCCGACCACCAUCUUCCCUCCCUGGUUCGAAGUUGUUUAUACAUCGGGGAGGGUUUGGGUGCUCACUUUUAUUUCAGAGAGCCAAAUUAAAUAUUUUAAAAAAAGAAUUACAAAAAAGAAAUUCUCUGUUGAUUAGGUUUUUUAGAGAACUGUUGAAGCAUGUUGAAUGUUUAUUUAGGAACAACUUGUGUUAAUCUUUCUUUCUUCUUUUUCUCUCUAUCUAUUGCUUUCUCUUUCUCUCUGUCAGUGCUGCGUCAUAGAACAUCAUUUAAAAGUAUAAGAAGUACUAGUAAAAGAUUGAACAUUUUUGUAGAACGUAGUUAUCUGCAUAUUACAGCUGCUCAGUGAUGCUAUCGGCAGAGUGUGUGGUGGGAUGUAGCCAAAUUAUCAAAUUUUGAUGGUAUAUUUCAAAAAGAAAAAAAAAUUGGACUGUUAUGCGUUUGUCCUAAUUUGCAUCUUUGUCUACUUACAAAUCCAAUCUCUACCCAUGACUCUUUGCUGCAUCACAUGACCCUUUUAAGCCAAUGGUAUCACUCCUAGAGCCUCCCUUCUCAUGUUAAUUUCCUAUAUUUACAUUAUUGCUUAUAUUGCAUGUGUUCAGUGUCGUAUCAUUGCGUAUUUGAGUAAGCCUGUUCAGUGUAUGUGUUCCUUCAAAUGUUAUUAUUAUAUCUUUGUGCUCCUGUUCUUUUCCGCAAACUUUUUUCAGCAUUUCUGGCCACUCACGUCUAGUCCUACUCCCUGCCCAGACAAAAAACUUUCCAACAUAGCCUCCUUCUAUCAACACCGAUUAUUAGUAUAUAGAUGCAUGAAUGGGAAUUAGUGAAAAAUCAGUGGUGAAAACACUGACUGAAAAUUUUAAUGAUUGUUUACUAACUUAUUAUUAUACUGUAUUUGUUUUGUACAAGGACUAUUGUGACUUAGCACAUUAGUCGACUACGCGGCGCUCAUGCAAUAGACUAUUCAACACUUUACUCUGGACUGCCUCUGAUGUGGGAGGAAAAAGUUGGACUUAAAAGCCAAGUGUUGCGUCCAAACCUUUUCAGCUUCCUUUCCUUGUGCCGGAAAAUAUUCGCUAGUCUGCUUGCAAAAAAAAAAAUAAUAAUAAUAAUAAUUAACGAGAGCCAAAAACAAGGGAAAGAAGCCGAAUCUUAUAACCGCAAAGCGGCCUAAACGUUUGGACGAAGCCAAAUGGUAUUUUUUGGGCCAAGGAAUGUUCAGGGGUUCAUUGGGGGGAACCCACGGGGCCUGGGCGGACGUGACCACUCAGUCUCUUUUUCACGAUUGUUCAUCUUGUCAUGUUCUUUUCGUUGUCAUGUCAUGCGGUUGAUUUGACGCUUUAGGUUUGAAUGUCUUUUUAUUGUCACAACUAUGUCAGAGACUUAAUUGUUUUUAUUUACAAAAAAAAGGACAGGUUGGAUGACAAUUCCUGCUUCGCUGGUUUUCUAGUAAAACCAGUGUGCAUUUAUUUACGGUGUGGUGACGCACAUAUGACUUUUUGUUUGUUGAUCAUGAAACUUAAACUAAGUUAAUUUUGUUGUAUUUAAUUUGAGGGGGAGGUGUGGAUGAUAUUUGGUAUGAUUCAGUGUUUCAACCAUCCCACGCGUAUUCUACUCAUGAGGAUGCUCUAAAUACUAUUGGACGGCUUGAGUCAUCUCAUUCAUGAGCUCCAGCUGAGCUCAAUUCAGUGUUGAUGCAAACAAACAGCUGUUGAAUGUUAUUGUUGAAUCACAUUAUCUUCUGUCCAACACAGCAACAUUCUGCAUUUUCUUCAUACAUACCACUACUUUUGUUUUAUUUCCAGUAGCCUACGCUGAGCUUAAAGGAAAAGUUUUACAAUUUGAGAAAUUUGCUUAUUUGCAGAGAGUUAGAUGAGACAAUUGAUGCCACAUGCUCAUGUCUGUUAAAUGCAAAGCUACCGCCAGCAGCAAGCUAACUUAGCAUAGCUUAAAGACUGGAAACAGCAAAAGCAAAUGAACGUAUUCGCCAAAAUGUCAUAUUUUUCUUUUAAGUUUUGAUCUUAAGCGCUUUGAUGACAUAAAUGUGAUGAUGUAAAUGGACCAAAUGCUGUAUCAAUAUACUGAACGAUGCAUAGUCAGUGAUUAUUCUGCAAUAAUUCUUACAUUUUGAUGUGAACUCAAGUAGUAGUGCUAGCAUUGAAAUUACAAAUUUGUGUUUCUUUUUAUUUUGAGUUGCCAUAGCUUGUACUUCAGUGGGAAUGUUUGUCAAAUGAACAAGCUGAAAUUAUGUUUUUUGGCAAACUUGCUUUUUAGAACAGUUAGCUAAUACCUAAGAGGGCAUUCUUUCCGAAUUACCCACACGCUGUAACAGCGAAGAACAUCCUCAAGGGUAUUAUGGCUUUUAUACAACAGUUAUCAGUGCAUGUGUACCAUUGAAAUGUUUGCUUAAAACAUGGAUAAUCAAGGAUUGCUAAUAGUUAUUAGCACAGCUGGUGCGUGCAUUUGACAAGUUAUUGUUGUGUAAUAUGAAUUUGAUCGCUAAGCAGGAAUAUUGAGUUGUAAGUGAUGGCAGUGUGAUUUCAAUAACAUCAAUAUUCAUGUGUUACUCAAUGUUUGAAAACUGUAUUUACAUUUGUGUAUAUGCCUGAGUAUACUACAACUUUGAAACAAACUGCAACUAAUGCAAUAAUAGGGUGCAAUGUGCAAUUAUUUAUUCAGUUAUUUAGUUAUUAGCAUAGAUAAAGGAGAGCUGUGUAGCUUGUUGAAAAAUGCUUUUUUGAAAUUUUACCACUUUCCACGUGGCAGGAACAGCAGGAGAAAAAAGGAAUGACUAGACAUGAUUUUUUUUUGUUUUUUCAGCUUUUGUUUGUGUGUAUUGCAGUUUGGGAAAAAAAAGUGAUAGAACUUUGUAACUAUUUUCGAUUGAUUUAUUUGCUAUGUGCAGAUCUAUAUUAGUUGUGAGUAAUUACAUAGGUUUUAAUUUCAAAGUGUUGGUAAGUAUAAAAACAAAUAAAGUUUCAUUUUUUCUUUCUGUGAUUUGUUUUUCUCUGGUUU